AUGGAGAACAAAAUCAACUCCUUUGCUACUUCGUGUUACCGUAUUAUGCUGAACAUCAAAAGGCGUGACCGGGUAACAAACGACAGCAUUUACAACUUGACCCAAACUAGUCCGCUGAUUCAGCAUGUGCGUCGGAGACAGCUGAACUUUCUGGGACACAUCCUGCGCAUGUCUGAGGAUGAACCUGUUAGACUGUACGCCCUCUACGUGCCCUCUCAUGGCAGACGCAGGCGAGGCCGACAGCCUACCUCCUACUUCAAGUAUGUCCAGCGACUACUGGGAGAUGAGCACAACCAACUAACAGAGAAGCAGAUCGCCAACCUUGCUAGCGACAAGGGGCAGUGGAGGGACCUUGCAGUCGCCUGCGCAGCAGCCGACCGAUGA